CACUGAUGUUGUAUUACGAGGCAAAAUGGUGCCCCAGAAUUGUUUCCCCUUUACCUCAGAAUCAGUGUACAGAGUGGGGUCAUUUGAGUACAACAACAGUGCACCCGUCAUUACAACAGGAUGGCCCAGUGUUACAGAAGCGACAGCUAACCAGCUCUGUACAGAUGUGAACAGCCAUCUAAAUAAUUCCUGUGGUAAUGUGGUGCCGCUCCUCCUCCCAUCGGAAGUAGAAGACUGCAAGGAGAAUAUAAGGUGGACAAACGAUCCAGGAUGGGGUUCUGUUUUGAAUGAGAUGAUAUCGCGACGAUGUUGGUUUGAGCUUGAACGGAAUACCACGUUCAGCGGAGUAGUGGCACAAGCUGUGGUCGGUCUAUGUCCUUACCUGUGUGACAACAGUCAUUGUACUGCCGGUGGAUGCGACUGUGAUCCCAGCUGCAGUUCUAACAUAGUUGAUCAGCCAACAAUCCGUGUCUUUCAACCAGUGGAUGGACUGUGUAACUCUAGAACGUCUCCCUGUCAGAGUGUCCAUCUUACAGGACAUACUUUCAUUAACACAGAAAACCUAACCUGUUACCACCAGGAAAUUCAGGUUAACGAGACUGGUUAUCAGGUAUCAGGAACCUGGCAGGAGUCUCCGGUGACAUUUGUCAGUUUCUCAGAAGUCCGAUGUUCUUUACCAGCAUCCGGCAAUUACAUGGUUGCUGUUAGCAACAUAAAUUCGACCAGCAACAUCAGCAAUACUGUUCUGCAUUUGACCUAUGACCCUAUGUGUUACUCGUGUAACAUUGUUGAUGGAUCGUGUACUCAGAAGGGGGAUGUCUGUGUUAUAGAAGGUUGGUGCUACCUCAAUCUGACAUUAAAUCCCACGGACGACCAGCAGAUCUGUGCACCUGAAGUCAAUUCUACAACAUGGAGUACUCGUCCAGGUCCCUGUCUGACAUCACCACUUCAGUGGACCGUUCACAAUUCCUCUGCUAUGGCGUUUUACAACCUCAACACAUCCACCAGUAUAGGCAGUCUGGAGGAAUGCCAGGGUGUCUGUUCAACAUUCGACGGCUCCUUCCAGUGUCGCUCCCUCGACUACGACUCAUCCACAUCUGUGUGUAAUCUGUCGCCGUAUCAGGUCGCUGAUGUGACAGCCUAUGUUGACGUCGGAGGAUUUGACAGCAAGUGGACUUAUUCUGAAUGGCAGUGUACUGAUGACCGUUGUCCUGGACAGUAUGUGGAGUGGAAAAAAUGGCCACAUAAGAUGAGAUUCCAACAACAGAGCAACAACGUACAUAUGGGCGUCUGGACCGUUGACCACUGUCAGGUACUGUGUGACGCCAACUCAAACUGUACAGAUAUUGUAUUCAGCAAAUCAGCCGGACUCUGUGCCCUCAAUGACCUGUCACUAAGCAACCAGAAGGGUGAUGGAUCAUUGUACUCGACCUGGGAAUACCAUUACCGCACCUGUGUAGACCGAUUACUACCAGGGCCUUCAGUCGACAAUAUUACAUUACUGACAUCCUUCAAAGGACCAGGAAAUGAUAGUUUUAUGUGCACUUUCCCAUCGGUCGUUACGGAAUUGGAUGUCAUUUAUGACGUGCUGUGGAAGGUGGAUGGAGUUCAGUUGUACGAAGACACUCUGAAGGACAAUGAGACAGAGUCAAUGGUACCAACACAGUAUGCCAAUAGCCUCGCAGAUGGGUCUGUGCUCCAGUGUGCCGUCAGUGCCUGUUACUAUGGUAACUGUGAAAUGACCAGAGGAACUCUUGUUAAGUCGGAACCCUAUACCGCAACUAUCAAGAUAAGUGGAGGAGCAGAAGCCAUGUUUUUGUUUGAGGGAGAAGACCCUAAAUUGUUCACUGUAGAUGUGACAGCCCCUCCCUACGUCCUGUGUAGAAACAGGAAUCUUACUUCAUCUAAUGACUGUUCUGUUAGACUGAGUACAACUGUGGUCAGCACCGAUAACAACAACCUUACCUGUGUUGAUGGUACCGUCGUACAACAGGUUUCAUCCCGUAUGUAUAAAAGGGGAGAGAGAGACCCUGUGGCAUUUUGUAUGGUAAACAUCACCAAUGACAACUGGAUGACUGCCAGGUAUAACCUAGAGGUCAAGGCUACACUGGAUAACUUAAUCGACGGGAAUUACUCAGAAAAGAUUUCAUUGGAUGCGGAUUAUUUCGUCAGUGGCAGCAUGGAACAGGCAAAAAUUCUCAAGAUGGAAUCGCAGCUGACAGUAGUUAACAGGGAUCGGACCGGUCUGUGUGUUUCUGUCAACGAUCCUCACAUUACCACCUUUGAUAACCUUCACUAUGACAACAUGCUUGAGGGCGAGUUCAUCCUCUACCAUCAUAGAACUCUACCCUACGAGGUCCGCGCAUUCUACCGACGAUGUAACGGCCGAGCAUCGUGUAACUGUGCUGUUGCUGUCCGCGCCUAUGAUGAUAUCAUCGCCAUUGACAAGUGUGGCCCUGACCAAUCAAAUACAGGAUUCUAUCCUAUGACUGUACAGAUGUUUAGGAAUGGAAUUCCCACUCCAGGACUGAGGAUCCUUAGCUUCUAUGAAGGCAGAGAAAUCUGGAUAAUAUUCCCUACCGGAACAUUGCUUAUUGUGAAGAGAAGUGUCAUUCGAGGACAGAAUUAUCUAAAUGUUUGGCUCAAGCCGUCAUCUGCAGAUUACAACAAUACUUAUGGUCUUUGUGGGACCCUUAAUGACGAUAUCUCCGAUGACUUAACACUGAAGGAUGGUACGCUCUUCUCUGGAAAUUCCGAGCGACCUGACAGUUUCUCGCUGAGUUGGAGAGUUGAUCCUGCUGACACUAUCUACAAUGGAUUCUGUCCCCCUGACGAUGCGGUUGAUGUCACUUAUUUUCACCAGGAGUUUUGUUACUGUGGAGAGACAGGAGUUGAAGUCUGUGGUAAAGGAUACGAUGUCUUUGCCUGUCCCGAUUCAGAAGCUGGGGCAGAUAUCACAGCAGAUGUUAACUCCGGGGCGUACUCCCCGACAAAAUGUCUGGCAGGAGCCAAGCUGCAAUACCCAGAAUUUGGUUAUGAUCCUUUCUACACAGUUCAGAAAAUUGAAGUUAAUGGGAGGGAUCAUGUUUUGAAUAUUUCACAGGUGGUCACCUGGCCUACAGAAAUUGGAUUUACAAGACAGAUGGUUGAGAUUAUGUGCAGGUCAGCUCUGGAACUCUCUGCAGCUGCGACCACAUGCAGGAGUGUUCAAGGUGUAAACUACGACGCCAGCUUCGAGAGCUGUAUAACUGAUAUUGGGAUCACAAAUGACGUUCGCUGGAGUUUGACUCCAGUUGAGAAUGUAAAAGAACAGUGUGAGAUUCAGGUAACCCGUAACACCAACUUGUGGGAACCAAGAGCCAACACUUCCCAUGUUGGUCCACCGCUCUCGGUCCUCAACCAGAUCUGUCUCCACGAAUGUGGUGGUGCAGGAACCUGUGUCGAAGGAAACUGUAACUGUAAUGAAGGAUUUGCCGGUCUGGACUGCUUUACAAAGCUCACAGAGGCUCCAAACAUAUUUUCUCUCAGUGGUAAUGGCCUAUGUGAUCUGCGGAGUGCUCUCUGUACCUCAGUGUCUGUGUACAGUAACAACACACUUAACCUUGAUACGCUGAGUUGUCACCUCCGUAAAAUUGAGCUGAACGAGACUUCAUUUACAGUUAUGAAUGAGACGGAAACCAUACCUGCAGUCUUUGUGUCGUUCAACGAGUUGACCUGUACACUGCCGUCAGUGGGGAGUUACGAGAUCACCAUCAGUAACAAUGGAACUCAGGCUCUGAGUAACGCAGCCUACUUCAUAGUGUAUAACUCCCUCUGUUUUACCUGUGACAUCACAAGCAAGACAUGUUCUCCAAAGAAUACUUCGUGUUUAAUAAAUGAUGUGUGUUAUGAGGCUGGCGAGUAUAACCCCUCCAAUAGUAGAGAGUUCUGUGACCCUAAAGUCAACACAUCACAAUGGCAGAUGGCAAAUGAUUCCUGUGAAAUUUUGGAUUUGACAUGGUACCAGUACAAAGGAAGUGACAUCAUGGGUAUAGCUACGGAGGACGUAGCUAGUAGCGGAGACAUCCAAAAUUGUCGUGAUGAAUGUCUGUUAAAUUAUGGACCAGAUCAGAUCUGCCAGUCCUUUACCUACAAUGCUUCCUCGGACAAUUGUACCCUUAAUCUGAAGGACACAUUGUCUUUUGGUGCUGAAACAGUGGAGACGGCCGAGUCAGAUCUGUUUGAAUGGCAGUGUCAAAACGAUCCGUGUGGAAAGCGAGGAAUAGAGUGGCAGAGAUUCCCAGGCUACACUGUCAACGGCCAUGUAACCAAGGCAGUAGAAGGGGUCACCUUGAUCAGCGAAUGUCAGCGACUUUGUCUCACCCAGACAGACUUCCUCUGUCGGUCUUUUAACAUGCAAGAUGGUCGAUGUACUUUGAUGAAUUUAACAAGAUCUGAUGUUAUGACAGACUUUGUACGAUGGUCAGGGUUCAUCUACAUGGAGUGGAGAUGUACAACAGGUGAUGACUUCCCGAUAGUGAAGAGAAAUCCCAUGGUGUCUGUUGCUAUGGUUCCCGGAGAAGAUGCCAACAACCAAACAUUAAAAUGUAGUUUUAAUUCGAUCAAGUCGCUCACGAGUACAAUGGAGUACCAGGUCAGAUGGCUGAUCAAUGAUGUCAUCAUCGCAAAGGAGACAUCGUCAAAUGUGAUUGAGGACACAGCAGAGUUUUACCUUGAUAGAAGUUACCUUAAAAAUUUACCAUUCGGAACAAAACUUUCAUGUGGUGUGUCAGCUUGUGUACAAGGCAAAUGUAAUGAAACUCGAGGAGCGUUCAGACAGAGUGUACCGAUCAUGAUCGCUGUUCAGAUUUUAUCGGCCUCAACUUUGACAGUUAAGGAAGGUGAAGAAGGAGAGGAAAUAAUGACACGUUUGACCGUUCCUCCGUCAUUCUUGUGUGCAUUGACCGUCUCCCCCAUGGACUGCCAUGUUUACAUCUAUGCUUCCGUUAACAAGUCUGAGGGUGACAUCACAUGCUCUGACCGGUCAACUGUACAACAGCUGGUCAUCGGCUCCGGUGACAAUAUUCAGGACCUGUCGUGUGGAGCCGUAGUUACAAUGAAUAAUUGGAGACGGACUCACAGAAUAAUGGUGGGAGCCAAAGUUGACGGAAUCUAUGAUGGCGAUCAGACACGAGCAGUUCAUAUCUCCGGACAUGUAUUGGAGAACGGACAGGUAAUGGAAUCGCUUGAGUUUGAGACUUUGGAGGUGACCGCUGUUGAUAUGGACCAUCCUGGGCUCUGUUCAUCAGUUAACAGUCCUCACAUUACAACAUUUGAUGGCAGUUACUACACCAACUUCUAUGAGGGAGAAUUCGUCCUGUACCAACACACAGAACUACAGUAUGCUGUUCAUGUGCUGUACAGACGAUGCAGCAAUCAGUUGACUUGUAACUGUGCUGUGGCCAUUAAACUACUGGACGAUGUUUUUGUGAUGGACAGAUGUGGCGCUAGGAAAGAUCGCAACACCAAGUGGCCAUUCUUAAUGCAUUACUAUGUCAAUGGUGAACUAACCCCUGGCUUCAGACUGCAGCAGUUGUAUGGAGGCAUCAUGUAUGAGGCCCACUUACCAACUGGCACUGUUGUAAUUGUUGGCCUCAGUGAUGUUGAUUCCUUGCAUUAUCUACAAGUCUGGAUUGAGCCUUCUAGUACAGAUUUCAACAAAACACAAGGGCUGUGUGGUACUUUUGAUGGAGAGAAGAACAAUGACCUUGAGAAGAAGGAUAAGGUGGUUUACACUGCUCCAGGACUAAGACCUGAUCCUUUCAUUCUGUCAUGGAGGGUACCACAGAACGAAAGCUUGUACAAUGGAAUCUACAGUGAUGUGAAUCCCUCGCGUUCUUUUGGGUCAUGUGACUGUGGCAGGGGAGAUAACCAGACUUGUAGUGUGAGAAUGGAUGCUGAACCAUGUCCUGUCAGCCAGUUACCGGGCUAUGACCUGACUGCAGACAUGCUUUCUAUGGUACAGCGUCCACCUGUUGGAUCUGAUGAUGAAGAUGUCCCAGAGGCCCUGAGGUUUGAGUUUGAUGACGACUUCUCACCACUGGUCUACAGCUUUCCGACAGCAUCCAAUAUAACCGAGGACAUGGCGCGUACUUACUGUCAGGAUAUGUUGACGAAAAGUCCAGUCGGACAGCUGUGUGAGAAUGUUACUGGGGUAGACAUGGGUCUGGCUGUGGAGUCCUGUGUCACCGAUAUCAGGAUCACCGAUUCCUACAACUUGACCCAUACCAUGGUGACCAAUGUCAUUGUACAGUGCCUAACAGAGGUCGGGCGUCUGGUCAAACCGUCUGAAACAAUUGCAAAUGGAAUUUGCUUUGAAAAUUGUAAUAACAGAGGAACAUGUAUAGGAGGUAUCUGUCAAUGCCAAGAAGGUUUUGGAGGGGAGGCCUGCAGGGUGAAUUUAGCAGAAGCCCCGGAGGUGUACUUCCUUGCAGGAAAUGGAUUUUGUGAUCUUGCUAGUUCCGCCUGUACAGAAGUUGUCGCUUUUGGAGAUACCUUCAUCAGAUCGAAGAACCUCACUUUCAGACUACGAGAAAUAAUGGUUAGCAAUGAUGGAACCAACUUGACACUAAGCGAAGAGAUGUAUAGGCCAGGCUUCUUCCUUACUCCUUACCAAGCAGCAGUUGCGACCCCAAAGGCGGCUAGUUACGAGAUCGCCUUAAGUAACGACAAUUCCAUCUUUAGUAACUCUCAGAUUUUCACCGUUUUCCACAGUGAAUGCCAUGUUUGUUCUGCUCCAGCCCUGUGUGUUGCUAAGCCAUUGACCUGUCUUAUUGACAACGACUGUUUCCAGUUCGGUCAGCUAAACCCUGACAACAGCUCUCAAGUGUGUAACCCAGAUGAACAUUAUGAUAAGUGGAGUAUACUUCGCCCGUAUCCUCUCAUCCGAGAUCCCCCAGUCCUCACCUAUACAUACAACAUGUCCGCUCAGCGAUUCUGGUUCCACUGCGACUAUGAACUGCCGACACAAAGGAACAACUCGAUGUUCUCGCUUGUUUGGACACUUGAUGGUCAGGUCGUUGAAACAGUCAUCUUGGAGAACAAUGUCACCGAUUCAAACAUGACACAAAAAGAUGUCGAUUUGGAUGUAUUUAAGAAUUUUACCUACGGUUCUAAGGUGCAGUGUGGAAUUAAAGCAUGCUACGAAGAUAACUGUGAUAACUCGUCCAGUCCUGUGAAGCUGAGCAACACCAUUCACGCUACUAUAACAGUGUUGACAGAAUCAGUCACUGUAACAGAGGGACAAAGAGAAAAACAUGUGAAGGUAAAAAUGGAGUUCCCUCCCUUCAUCUUCUGUAAUACCUCGUCCAUGGACAGGUGUGGAAUCCACGUAAUGGCGACAGUACAGGAAACAGAAGAGUUUGUGUGUAACGGGAUGAUAAUUCCACAACUUCGGAUCCAAAGUGCCGGUGCAAGCCCUCCCUGUGGCCUAUUGAUCGCUGGGGAGAACUGGAAUGAUGAACAUGAAUUUGAAGUUCAGGCUACAGUGGACAACCUUAAGGAUGGUGACCAGGAGAGGAGAUUACUGGUAACAUCAAGUCUUAAUGGAGAGGAUUUCACCAGUGAAGUACCUGUCCAGGUGACUGUAGAGGAUGUCAACCCAUCCGGUCUGUGCUCCUCGGUCAACGAUCCACACACCACUAGUUUUGAUGGCAGAUACUUCAACAUAUACAUAGAAGGCGAGUUUAUCUUUUACAAACACACUACAUUACCAUUUGAGGUAAGUCAUUUUUCCAUAUGA